AUGAUUCAUUCACACGAAGAAAAAGAUGAUGAUGCACUCAUUAACUAUUGUAUCAGUUUCAUUUUGAAAACUACAUGUGCCCACUUAAGGAAUAAUUCAACUGAUUUCAGUCCAGAGUCUUUGGAGACCUUGCUGCUGGUUCACCCCAUCAAACCAGUUAUUGCAAGAAGUAGUAGUUACACAACACCUGACCGCAUAAGUGCAUUAAACUGUCUUAUGUGGAUGUUACAUUUAGGUAUAAUUUUCCCACAAAAAAUAAAAGUUGAAACAAGAACUUGGUUCACAGACGUUGAGAAGAUUGAUUUUUACCCAGAUAGCCCAUUUCAGCGGUAUCUUAUAUGUACUUACUACAUCAGUAGUACCAUGAUGGGUAUAGGACUGGGUGACAUAGUUUCAGCAAAUAAUGUGGAACGCUAUCUCACCAUAAUUACCAUGGCAAGUGGGCAAGUCAUCAUUGUUGGCCUGUUUGUGGGAUCUUGGUCCACGGUUCUGGAGGGAAGAAAUCGUCCAUACUUUGAAUUUAGAUACCGAGUUGGACUGAUGACUCAUGAAAUGAGAAGCCGGGCUGUGCCAGAAAGACUAAAAAAUCGUGUGCUGGCAUUUUAUGAAUCUUUUUGGAAAAGAUGCCAUGCUGUUGUAAAUUCAGCUCUCUUUCAGAGGUUACCACUGGCCAUGAUAAGAGAAGUUAAUCUAGAUAUCUACUGGAAAGCCACAAACAGUCUGAGUCUGUUGCAAGAUUUACACAUAAGUGAAAAAAGAGAAAUUUCUUCUGUGAUGACAACACAGCACUUCAUGCCUGGUGAUUUUAUUUCACGCGAGGGUGAUUUGACGCACUCAAUGUUAUACAUUGCUGAAGGUGUUGUCCAGGUGUAUGUGAAAGGGAUUGAUUAUCCAGCUGCCAGCUUGUCUGCUGGAUCUUGUAUUGGUGGUGGUGUUGGCCUCUUCCUUGGUGGCCGUAGAUCAACAUCAUUACGAGCUCUGACAUGUUGUAGUCUACAUGUUCUUUCUCGCUCGGACUUCUUCCGUGUUGCUUCAAAAUUUCCAAUAAUUGCACAGAAGAUGAGACGAAAAUUUGAGAUAGUGUUUGUUUACAAAGACAAAAUCAUAAUUAAGAGAUCCAUAGUUUUGUCUUAUAUGCAGUCAGCAGAACGCAUAUAG